AUGAUUGAUCCCCAGAUAUUUGAACACCUCAAGACCAAGAUUGAUGAGGACACUCAGGCUCGAGAUGAACUGACCCAGAUCAUUCAGAAGCUGGAACGGGACGUGUCAUACACACAGGGUCUGCUCUCCCGAGUCCACUCAACACCCAGAUCCGCCUACCCUGCUCUGCUUUCUCAGGUUGAGGUCUCUAUCCAGUCAGAGCUCGAAGACAUCUCGACCCUAAGCACUGCCGCGUCCAAGCACCCUUACUACAAGUACAAUGUCAAGUGGUCUCGAACGAUUCAAGAUGCAGUCCUCACAGUCCUGCUGGACAGCUGGCUAGGCGGCAACCUGGUUCCUGAGGGCAAGCUUGGACGACUGCUCACCCUUGAGGAGGUUGGAGAGCUCUUCAAAGUGCCUGUGAACCUGAAAGAUCGCGAUGCCUUCCACAUCACCAUCGAGGAGUAUCUGUUGGCUGUCACAUCACUAACAGACGAGCUGUCCCGUCUGGCUGUCAACUCCGUCACUCUGGGAGACCACGAGCUUGCUGUUAAGAUCAGCAACUUUGUCAAAGACAUCCAUGCUGGCUUUCAGCUGCUCAAUCUCAAGAAUGACAUCUUACGCAAGAGAGUUGAUGCUGUCAAGUACCAUGUCAAGAAGGUUGAGGAUGUUGUCUACGACCUGUCACUCCGGAACUUGAUACCCAGCUCAGCAGCGUCUUGA